GGAACACGGAAUAAUAUCUCGGUCUGUACCCCGUGGGAAAAUUCCUCUACCGUGUGAAAAAUCAGACCCCAAAUUUCACCUAGAUGCCACACUUCUUCCCAAUUCACAUUCCAAUUCUUCCGAUUCCCAUUCCAAAUAUCUAGAGAGAGAAAAACAACAGUCAAGAGAUGCUACUCUCCGACUGUACGACUCCCCAACUACUCUCUCUCUCCACAUAUCUAGAGAGAGAGUGAGAGUAUUGGGCAAUGUCCACAUCUCCGGCCACCAACACCACUUCACCGCCACCACCGGCGACGAGCACUACCUCUCCGCCCCCGCCACCACCAACGGCGACGGCGACGACUUCCAAUUCUUCGGCCUCUCCGCCUCCUCCGCCACCUCCGGCAUCCCCUCUGCCGCCGGCGCCGCCGAAUUUGUCGGUGGGGCUUAUAGUUGGGAUAGUUAUUGGAGGCCUCUUAACUCUUGUGCUAUUGGGCCUUGGGUACAUAUGCUUCAGAAAGAGGAAGAGGAGGAGGGAGCAUGAAUACUAUUGCCCACCACCACUUGGGCCCAAAGGUGAUGACCCAUAUGGUGUCCUGCCACAGCAUUGGCAACACAAUACUCCCCAACCGGGGAGUCAUGCAGUCAGAAUGCCUCCGAUACCCUCUCCUCCACAUGUAGUUUUGCCACAACUACCCCGCUCACCGGUGCUUUCUCCUCCUCCAUUAAUAAGCAGCAGUGGAGAUUAUGGGUCUAAUCAUACAGGAGGAGAAAACCCACUCACACCACCUUCCCCUGGGAUGGCUUUAGGUUUCUCGAAGAGCACAUUCACAUAUGAAGAAUUGGCAAUGGCAACAGAUGGCUUUUCAAAGGCCAAUCUCCUUGGACAAGGUGGGUUUGGGUACGUGCACAAGGGCGUCCUUCCAAGUGGGAAAGAAGUUGCAGUUAAACAGCUGAAAGCAGGAAGUGGUCAAGGGGAGCGUGAAUUUCAAGCUGAGGUUGAGAUCAUUAGCAGAGUGCAUCAUAGACAUCUGGUUACACUAGUUGGAUACUGCAUCACUGGGUCCCAAAGAAUGCUUGUUUAUGAGUUUGUUCCUAACAACACAUUGGCAUUUCAUUUACACAGCAAGGGAAGACCUAACAUGGAUUGGCCCACAAGACUGAAAAUUGCUCUAGGGGCUGCAAAAGGACUAGCAUAUUUGCACGAGGACUGUCAUCCUAAGAUCAUACACCGUGACAUCAAGGCGACGAAUAUUCUUCUGGAUUUUAACUUUGAGGCAAAAGUUGCAGAUUUUGGACUUGCAAAGUUUUCUCCUGAUGCCGACACUCAUAUAUCUACCCGGGUGAUGGGAACUUUUGGAUAUCUAGCUCCGGAAUAUGCUUCGUCUGGAAAACUUACAGACAAGUCAGAUGUUUUCUCCUUUGGAGUCAUGCUUCUGGAGUUGAUUACCGGACGACGGCCCUUUGACUAUUCUCAAUCUUCCACGGAGGAUAGCUUGGUAGACUGGGCAAGGCCCUUGCUCACGCGAGCUUUGGAAGCAGGAAAUUUUGAUGCCCUUGUUGAUCACCGGUUACAGAAGGAUUACAACCACAAUGAGAUGGUUCGUAUGGUUUCUUGUGCUGAUUCUUGUGUGAGUCAUUCAGCGCGACAUCGACCACGAAUGAGCCAGGUAGUACGGGCCUUGGAAGGAAACCUAUCUUUGUCUGAUCUUUACGCAGAAAUCAGACCCGGACACAGCACCGCCUAUAGUUCUCAUGGCAGCUCAGACUACGACACAAAUCAGUACAGUGAGGACUUGAAGAAAUUUAAAAAGGUGGCACUGGGAACCCAAGAGUGUGGCAGCAGUGGGCAGAGCGGACCAACUAGUGAGUCUGGAUCACAUCCAUCUGGCUCCAGUAGCGUAGCCCAACAAAGCACUCAAGAAAUGGAGAUGGGAGCGAUGAAGAACGACGAUUGAGGGUUCACUUGAAGCUUGGUUGACAAAAGGAUGUGAGUUUUUUUUCUUGUAUUUGGCAGGCUUUACACAUAGCUAUUCUCUUAUUAUGAUUCUUGAAUCUUAGCUUUGAUUUGUUUGUCCAUAUUUUUUUUGGUUGACAAACUUCAAUAAGCUGUUCAUGGAUUAUGUAAUCUGUAACUAUCCUAGAAUGUCGUGUAAGGUAUAUACACAAUGAACUAGGUGGAACCCAGUGGUGUGGUUCAUUUCAAUCUACCUUGUUUUUACAAGCUUUA